CCCAGCAGCGGCUUCCGCUGUUUCCCCGGCUGGUCCGCAGAGCUGUUUCCGGCGCGCCCCGGAAGCACUUGGUGGCGGCGCUUCCCUGCAAAGGCAGCGGCGGGCGGAGAUGGCGUCGGCCGGGACCCCGGUCACCGUGACCGUCACCUACAGUAAUGAAAAACAUACUGUUCAGAUUGCUUCUCAUCAGGAAGACAGUGAACCAACACUACAAGACAUGGCUCUGCUUAUUGAACAAGUCACUGGGGUUCCAGUUCCUUUUCAAAAACUGAUAUGCAAAGGAAAGUCCCUGAAGGAAAUGGAACAGCCAUUAUCAGCACUUGGAGUUAAAAAUGGUUGUAAAGUCAUGCUGAUUGGGAAAAGGAAUAGUCCAGAGGAAGAGGCAGAAUUAAAGAAAUUAAAAGAUUUUGAGAAGUCAGUGGAACAAAUUGCUAACAAAUUGGAGGAAAUUAAUAAAGAGUUCACAGGCAUCCAAAAGGGCUUUCUAGCAAAAGAUCUUCAAGCUGAAGCUCUUAACCACCUGGACAAGAGGAUAAAAGGAACUGCUGAGCAGUUCAUGAAGAUCCUGGAACAGAUAGAUGCCAUUUUGGACAACGUAUUCCUGGAGAGGAGACGUAAACUGACUAAGAAUCUACCAGAGAAUUUCAGUGAUUGCAAACUGAAAAAGAAGGGGUUGGUGAAAAAAGUUCAGGGUUUUCUUGCCCAGUGUGACACAGUUGAAGGAAGUAUUGGUCAAGAAAUGGAUAAGCUACAAUCAAAGAACUUGGCACUGGCAGAAUGAGGCAUCACUCUCAAUAAAUAGGAGAAAUAAUUGCUCUGUGAGCAAGAAGAAAAGUUUGCUCUUUGUUUUGGAGCACAUAUUCAGCUUCUUCUUCUUUUUUUUAAAGCCCAGUCUGUUUAGACUGGUACUAGUCAAUCAUUACUUGCUGGUUGUCACAUUUACCACUCACUCAAAGCUGUUCUUUUCAAAAGAAAACAAUCCUCCCUGAAGAAAUACAGAAAUGUCUUUGUGGUGGAUGGUUAUGCAUGUUUUAGUUAACUAAAUACUAUAGCACAUUAUACAAUUCCGAGAGGUGGGCAACUUUGGACCAUUGGUUUCGUUUUACAAGGACACUAUUGUUAACUUGUUUGUUUUUCUCUACUCUCACAUUUUCCAUUAUGUCAUCAAAAUUAUUUGCAGCUCAAACGACAAGUUUGGAAAACCAUACAAGUGACAUAGGUUGCAGAUGUAGGACUUUAACUUGACUGAAAAAGGCAGGUUGAUACAACAGUUGGGGCAUCUAGCAUUCUAGUAGAACAUUUAGAGCAAUAAAUAGUAUCACACAUCUAUACCUAUUUAACACUUGUAUGUGUUCAUAAAUAUAGGAAAACUUGACUACAGUGGAGGUUGUAACUAUUUUAGCCUUAAACUGUCUGGAUAAAUGGAACGUACUGUAAAAUGUAUGGUACUUAAUUUAACUAGUGUUUAAAUUUCAGUGAACGCCUUGGCACUUUUUUUUGUUAUACAUAUUUCUGUUAUACUGUGUAUAUAGCAUGUAUUUGUUUUCUGUGGUAUACUCUCCCUUUGAGUAAUGGUGUGAAAUGGAACAGGAUAAUUCAAACUGUUUAUACAGGAAGUGGUCAAUCCAAUCAAGCUCUGAGAAUGGAGCUAUUUUAUCAGAGUAUUUUUUGACUAUGUGUUUCACUGAGUUACUGCAGUUUACAGAAAAUUGCAAUAGAUAAUUUCUAUUCCCUUGAGAAUUGAGAAUUAGAGGAUGAAUAUUUAUUAAUCUAUAAUGUGUAUUACAAAGUGAAAUUUCAAAACAGAUGUUUAAAAAUGUCCUGCCAUUGUUAGCAUCUCCAUAAUGAGAGCUGCCAUUUCACUGCUACUUCUACUAGGAAAGAAUUCAUCAAUAAGCACUUGCUCUGGUGGCCAGCCGAGCACCCUCAACUCACAUUAGACUCUGUGGAAGUUAAGGGUGUUCUGGAUCACUUGCCAGAUAAGUGCAUGAGAAUCUUUGUAUUUUUAUAGUUGUUUUAAAGUAAGUUCUCUUUACCAGAAAAAAAAAUGCAAAAUGUAAGUGUUGAUCAUAUUUCAAUAAAGUUAUAUAAUUCUUAAUAAAAUAAUGGACCUCAAAAUAGUCACAGUCCUCCAACAUUUCUUCUGCAGUCAUAAUCAGAGUAGAACUUCCAGAGUGUCACAAUCUGUUAUCAGAUGGGCAAUAUGGUAGCUCUGUUUCUUUUUAAAAAUUAGUAGUGUUUGUUGUAAAGAAAGUUUUAAAAAAUUAGAUGUUAUAUUAUACCAAAUAUAACUAGAUGAAGUGACCAUAUUUUCAGGUAAAUUGCAUUUUUCUGUUAAAUUGCAGUAUUCCUUUAAAGUUGUAAUAGUUUUCAGUAUUACACGCAAUUGCCAGGGUCUGUAAAAGUCUGCAGUAGGCCGAAACUUGACAAACAAGCUCUUGGCUUAAAAUGAAUUUAUUUUGUUUCUCAUUACAAAAUUUUAGAAAGAGCUGUUUUUAAGAUAGGAAGUAAUUAUAUUUGUGGUUAGGAAUGUGAUCCCAGCUUUCAGUGCCUAGCAUUAUGGUCGUGAUAUGUUUGCCUGGGACUGCAGUACUAUUGAGAGGAGCAGAGUUAUAUCCAUUCCAGUGAUGCCCCUGUUCAGUGCAGCAAAUACUGCUUCUGGGCUAGAUCCUGCUCCAUUUAAUCCAAUGGCUAAACUCCCACUGAAUUCAAUGAGUGCAGGAUCAGCCUCUUAUCAAGUGAGGAAUUAGUCCUCACCUGCUCUAAACAUAAACAUGUUUUACAUUUAGUAAACUUUCAGGAGCGUGUGUAGCAUAGAAGGGUUUCCCUCUUUGUGAGCAGAGCUGGGCAGGGCAGGUUAGAUAUAGUUCUUUAUCCUGGGAAAAAAACAGUGCAAUCUUUGUGGUAUUUAUGAGUGGUCAUCACAGUUCUGCUAUAAUAGGCAAAGGCUUUCAAUUAAUGUAAUAAAAGUGAAACCUAUUAAGAUUGCUUCUUAAAAUGUCAUUUCUGCUGGUAUAAUUCAAAAGAACAUGGGUAUUUGUUGUAUCUUUUUUGCCAAUAUAUUAUGCACUGAAAAUUUAUUUUGAUAACGAAAUCUAAAAAUGCGUUACUUCAUUUGGGAAAAUGAAUGACUUUGCAUGUAAAAAGUUUUCCCUAAGGAUUUUUAGUGUGGAUUGACUGACUAAUAGUAGUUUCCUAAGUAUGAAAGAUUCAUAUCUGGUUUUUCCACAAUCAUGGCCUCAAUCUUUGGCCAAAAAAUCAUUUUCAAUAUUAGAAAAAAGUGCAGUGGACUACUGCUGAGGAAGAGAGGGCAGAAAAUGGGAAUUUUUAAAAUCAAUGGAAAUUUGGAAAGCUAAAACAUGGAUUCAGAAAUCAAAUUUAAGCAGUAGUGUUUUGUUAAUUAUACGGGAUAAGCACACUUCCCAUUCAGUUAUUGAAUCCAUUUUUCCUUCCUAUCUUAAAAACAAAACACAGCACUUUUUCACCCCUGCCAUCUUAAUAAAAGACAAACAUGUUCUUUGCUUUUUCAUUAGCCUCAUUUUUCUCAACACCUCCCUCAAUUGCUGUAUUACUUUGUAACUAUUUGCACAUUUCAAGCUAACGUUCCUCUAAUGUCUUUCAUAAAAGACAACUUGUAUUCUAAGUUGGAGUAAAACCACACCUUCACCCCCUAACUCCCUUCCUCCGGUCCCCUUUUGGCUGCAAUGUGGUGCAAACCAAAACUAACAUUCUUAGAGCUGCAAAACCUCAGAAUUAUGGAACAUCUUGCUCCUUAAUGUUUGAGUAACUGAAAAUAUCAAACUUUUAGUGGUAUUCUCUACGACCCAAGUUCUGCUGUUAGUCUCAGUGGUGUAAAUCUGGAAUAAUUCCUUUUACUUCAUUGGAGUUACUCCCAUUUUGCAAUGGUCCAUGUGACAGUACAGAAUUUGGGUUGAUAUUUUUAUUUAACUUAUUGUGCUACAGUAAAUGGAGGGGGGAAAGAAAAUAAAAUAUGGAAAAUACAAUCAA